UUUUGCUGAGGUAAUUUAUACCAUCAGCAAGAUUAAAUAUAGGACCAAAAAAGAAGAAAAAAAAACAGUGCUACUGCACAAUUUUGCGUCUAAUUUCUUUUUACGACAACCGAUAUUUAUUUUUUUAUUGAAUUCGAUGUGAGGCAUAUUUUAUUCUAGCACCACUGGUGAGCCUCCGGCAAAGUCUGGAUAUUUGAAUCGAUCGAGUAUUCCAUAAACGGUGAGUUCGAGACCUCUGACAUGGAGCGCAGACUUUCCUGCAGCAUCUUACAAGAGCACUUCGCUUCUUUAAAAGCGGCACUGGAUGCUGCAUUAUUAACCUUCACGAAUUCUGUAGACUGCAGAUUUGCUGACAUUCUGUUGGAAAUGUCCGGAAAGGAGAUGGAAAUCGAAAGUCUGAAGCUUCAGCUGAACCUGUCCAGGAGUGAAGUGAAGUCCAUGCGUAAAAACCUGCGCACUGCUGACUUUAACUUCGCGAGGUCCGUAACUGGCGAACAAACAGCGAGCGGUAAGGCGCAGCAAUUCAGCGCGAUCGAGAAGAAGAAAACGACAAAUUCACGGCACGGCUUGGUUCGGCCCGUAGAGCAAAACGACAUCCAAUGCGUGGUACCGGCUACUGCCGGCUGUCCCUCACUUCCUAAAAGAUACCGAGAUUUACCACGGUCGAUGCCUGGAUGGAGUGUUUCUGUGAGCGACUGUGGCACGGCAAUUUUGGAUAUAGAGAAAUCUGUGCCUCCAGAAAUUGGGCCAGUGGAAGUUCAGAAUUGUAACCAGGACUUAGAUGCAACUCUCCAGAACCCUCCAAAUCUUUCUCCUUCGUCUGAAGAUAUUUCUAAACAGAUAUUCAGCCAUAGUGAAGGAGAGGACGUGAAGGUGAACAAUUCUCAUUUCUUAGGGACCAGCAGUGAACACAUCUUAUAUCACGUUAAGGAAGAGAUCCAGGUUUGCGGAUCUGGCCCAGUUAAAGAGGAGCAAUCUGAGAUGGAGAACCAUCUGCAUGAUCAAAUAGAAACACCUUCUGUAGAGUCUCCUGCCCAGAGUCACUUGGCUAUUGACAGACCUGGGGAAGUUCAGAUGGAGAGCAGUAAUUUCACAGUCCAGGAGGAGUACAGUCAAGAAGAGAUGCACAUGUAUGAGGAGGACUGUAUACCACAUUAUGACAAUCGUCGUCACCACAACCAGGAAACUGAAUAUAGUAAGAGUUUCACACAGAACACCCAUUUGCCAGAACAGCAGAUACUCCAUGCAAGAGGAAAGCGUUUUAUUUGCUCUCAAUGUGGGAAGACCUUUGGUUAUUUAAUAAAUUUAAAGUCACAUCAAAGGACACACACGGGGGAGAAAACAUACAGCUGCCCGCAAUGUGGAAAGACCUUCAGUCGUUUAACGUACAUUAAAAUUCAUGAAAGAAUUCACACUGGGGAGAAACCGUAUAGGUGUGUUCAGUGUGGAAACUCUUUCAAACAGAUAUCCCACCUUAGAAAUCACCAGAGGAUUCACACUGGAGAGAAACCUUACUGCUGUCCUGAGUGCGGCAAAAAUUUCAGUCAGUCGGGUGCCCUCAAAAUACACAGAAAGAUUCACACCGGCGAGAAACCCUACCCAUGCAUUGUGUGCGGGAAGAGCUUCAACCAGUCAGCUAACCUCAAAUCCCAUCUGAGAAUUCAUGGGAGAGGAAAACCCAUUGCUGACAUACACAGUGAUCUUUAUUAAUGCAAAAUUGGUGAAGAAAGUGCUUAAAUAUUUUAAGAUAAAUCAGUUAAUCAUUCCACUCUUUAUUCAUUUACAGUGAUAUGAAAAAGUUUGGGAACCCUUCUUAUUUCUUUAGAUUUUUGUUUCUCAUUGGCUGAGCUUUCUGAGUAG